UCAUCUCUUUCUUAUCUCGCAUUGCAUUUAUUAUUGUUGUCAUUAUUAUAUUUAAGUUUAUUUCACUCCUUUAUAGCUUGGUAAUUACGAAUACUUUACAAGCGAAAUGAAAGAUAAAAUCCAGUUGAUGGAAAAAGUACUGUAGCAAUUAUAAUUGUGGUAGUUGUUUUAAAGUGAAUAAGGAAAAUAGUUAUGGCGCUGCGCGGAAUAAAAGUUAUUGAAUUUGCUGGUUUAGCUCCAGCUCCUUUCUGUGGUAUGAUUCUAAGAGAUCAUGGAGCCUCUGUAACAAGAAUAGAUAGACCAGGAGCUGACAUAAAUGUUGAUUCUUUGAGUCGUGGGAAACGAUCUUUUGUCAUUGAUUUGAAAAAUUCCAAGUCAGCUAGUGUUGUAUCCAGGUUAUGUUCAAAUGCUGAUGUUUUACUUGAACCUUUUCGUCCAGGUGUUAUGGAAAAAUAUAAAUUAGGUCCAUCAGAAUUAUGUAAAAUUAAUCCACGUCUCAUUUAUGCAAGACUAACUGGCUUUGGACAAAAUGGCCCUUUUUCAAAAAUGGCUGGGCAUGAUAUUAAUUACAUUGCAAUUUCAGGAGUUCUAUCGGUAUUAGGAAGAAGUGGUGAGAAGCCAUCUCCUCCAAUUAAUUUACUGGGAGAUUUUGCAGGAGGAGGCCUUAUAUGUGCACUAGGAAUAUGUUUGGCUCUUCUUGAGCGUCAGAAAUCAGGGAAAGGACAAGUUAUUGAUGCUAAUAUGGUGGAAGGCUCAGCCUAUGUAUCUAGCUGGUUAUGGUCUACCCGUAAAGAAGGUUUCCCCAUUCCUUUAUGGGCUAAUUCUAAAGGUAAAAAUGUUAUUGAUGGCGGUUCACACUUUUACCAAACGUAUGAAACAAAAGAUGGUAAAUACAUGGCAGUUGGAGCUUUAGAACCACAGUUUUACAGAGCCUUAAUGAAAGGUCUUGGCAUAGAUGAAAAUGAAUACUCUCAAUUUUCGGAUUGGGAAGAAACAACUAAGAAGUUCAGCGAAAUAUUUUUAACAAAAACUCAAGAAGAAUGGUGUGAGGUUUUUAAUUUUACUGAUGCUUGUGUAACUCCAGUUGUACCUUUAGAGGAAUCACAUAAGCAUAUUCACAAUAUUGCGAACAAAUCAUUCAUUACGAAUGGAAAGGAAAGUAUUCCAGUGCCUGCACCUAGGCUGUCACGAACACCAGGAGAUAUAUGCUGGAAAAUACCAGCAUCUGGAGAACAUACAUUGGAAAUACUUUUAGAAGAAGGAUUUACAAAAAGUGAAAUAGAUUCCUUAGUUAAAGGAAAUGUUGUAUAUUCUGCAUCUGCCAAAUCAUCCCUAUAACCUGUGCAAUUUCUUUUUAUGUAUUAUAUAAAUUUAUUAAUACUUCUAAUUAAAUUGACUUUAAUUUAAUGUUUCUUUUCAGAAAAAUUAAAAUAUGUUUUUUUAUUUAUUUUAGAUUUUAAAUUGUUGAUUUAUGAGCAUUCUAUAGUUUUUUUUUUCCAUAGACUGUAUUUUUAAUACAAUUGCUAAUAAAAAAAUAGUGUCAGGAAUAUGAAAAUCAUGGCCUAAAAGUUCAUCCAUAUUAUUAUAACAUUCAAAAUAAAUUUGUAAAGUAUUUUCUUAAAGUGCAUGGCAUUUUAUAAAGUUGUGACAUGUUUCAUAAAAUUAGCUUUUAUAUUGUGGCAACAUAGCAACUAACCAGUGCUUGCACCAUGAUGAACCCAUAGGGGUACUUUUCACGCAAAGAUCAUUAUUCAAUUACUAACUAACAGAAUUCAGUUUAAUUCCUGCCGUACAAAUAAAGUGUAGCUGUAGCUUUACAUUUAUGUUAAAAACCAAAGGGCUAAUCCCUAAAAUGAAAUGCCAUGAAACCUAGGUAACAUUUGUUGAAGCUGUGCCAUUUCUUAAAGUUAAGUUUAUUUUGCAGUCUUUAAAUACUAUAUAUAUUAAUGCCUUAUUCUUUGAGAAUACUUACUUGUGAUAAACAAAAUAAAAUGGCUUCCAAAGAAUGCCCCUUUACAUAAAAAGUUUUGUUUUUAUCUAAAGCUAUUAGCAGAAAAGUCUGUUGCUCCUAAAUCAGCAGGACGAGUAGAACUUGCAUUUGAGUGUACUGUCUGUCUACGGUAAGAACAGCUCUCACCAGUUUGUCUGUGGCUGUCUGUUGCCGUAGAAACGAGCCCUGACCCAUUUUUCGUAGGGGUGUCUUGAAGAUUUACUUCUCAUUUUGCCACGUUGGCACAUUUAAAGAUGAUUUGGCGAUAUUCACAUUUUGUUUUAGUUUUAAGUAAAAUACUCGUUGACCCUUUGCGUCGACCCCUACAUUCAAUUUCCGAAAAUGAAAAUUGAUAAAAUAUGAAUAUGAAAAUGAUAGAUAAAGUUUUUGCAGUCAAGGAACGGUCUUUGAUUUUGCCGUGUGAGGUACAAGUCGCUGAAUUUGCCAUCCUUCUAGAUGUACAAUGAGUAAAAAUAUAUCAAAAUAACUUGUAGGGAAAUGCAUUUAAAAAUCCGUGCUUAUUUUUGAAGAAAAAUGCUCUCAAUAAAUACUUUUUGCGAUUCUUUUUUUCCCAUACCUUCAAACUAAACCAAAAGCUGGUCAAUUUAAUGAUGAAAGGAAGCGAAGGUAAAUUAAAAUCAAAACUGCUUUUUACUUAAUUACCAGUGGUUUGGGUUGGUUUAUAUGAUUACGGAAAGCCUCCAGGGUUAAAUGCCUAAGAGGAGGGAUGCCUUCGUGGAGGGCUUGCUAAG